UGCAAAGACCCCACCAUAUGGCAAGAGCUGUAAAAUGAAACACAUGCUAGAUUACUAUGUCAUUCCUUUCCCUCCAAAUUAGGUUCAGAAUGAACCACAAGGAGGUCCACCGAUACCACACCAUAUUUGUCCACAAAUUCGGUACCUAGUCUAUUUCAGAAACCCCACCUACGGCCACUCCUACCAUCAGUAUUUGACCGUGGGGCUCCAACCUUUCUAACUUUAACUCUGAAUUUUGAUGAGAGGCACAAUAUUUAACCCCCUCAAAGUAGAAGGAGCACACACAUCUCACCAGCAAACCAAACGCUGGCUUUCAGCCAUGGCACCCAAAAGGUCAACCAGAGCCUCUAGCACCGUCACCUCCAUCUUCGAUCAGAACAAAAUCCAGGAAAUGAAGGAGGCCUUCACUGUCAUUGACCAGAACCGCGAUGGCAUCAUCAGCAAGGAUGACCUGAUAGACACCUACGCAGCCAUGGGCUGCCUUAAUGUCCCAAAGGAUGAGCUGGAUGCCAUGAUGAAUGAAUCCAAGGGGCCUAUCAACUUCACAACCUUCCUCACCAUGUUUGGGGAGCGACUGAAGGGUUCUGACCCUGAGGAUGUCAUUACUGCCGCCUUCAAGACGUUGGACCCAGAGGGUAAAGGCACCAUCAAGAAGGAAUAUCUUGAAUGCCUGCUCCAAACUCAGUGCAACCGCUUCUCUGAUGAGGAGAUCAGGAACAUGUGGGCUGCCUUCCCACCAGAUCUGGGAGGCAAUAUCGACUACAGAAAUAUCAGCUACACCAUCACCCACGGUGAGGAGAAGGGAGAAUGAACACCGGUGCUGACCAUUAAUGGACUUUCUGCUAACGUUUCAGCUCAUUAUUAACCUUGGUAACAAGCUGCCCUGCUGUCUUAUUUUCUGUUACGGCUUUUGACUUUUUGAACAUAAUAAAUCAUAUGUUAUUACCA